AUGGAUUUAGUCAACCACUUAACCGAUAGAUUACUAUUUGCAGUCCCUAAAAAGGGGAGAUUGUACGACAAAUGUUGCCAGCUCUUAGGUGGUGCUGAUAUCCAAUUCAGAAGAUCACCAAGAUUGGACAUUGCUCUUUCGACAAAUUUGCCCAUUGCUUUGAUCUUUUUGCCGGCUGCAGAUAUCCCUGUCUUUGUUGGCGAAGGUAAUUGUGAUUUGGGUAUCACUGGAAUGGACCAAGUUAUGGAGUCAGACCAAUUUGAUAAUAUUGAAGACUUGUUAGAUUUGAAAUUCGGUACUUGUAAACUUCAAGUGCAAGUACCUGAGAAGGGAGAAUACAGCACACCGGAGGAACUUGUUGGUAAAAAGAUUGUUUCAAGUUUCACCAAAUUGGCAACGGACUAUUUUGAAAACUUGAAAGGUGAAGCCAAGAGUGAUGCCAAAAUCAAUGUAAGGUAUGUCGGUGGCUCUGUUGAAGCAUCCUGUGCUUUGGGAGUUGCUGAUGCCAUUGUUGAUUUAGUUGAGAGUGGAGAAACCAUGAAAGCAGCAGGAUUGAAGGCUAUUGGAACGAUAUUGACCACCUCCGCCCACUUGUUUUCAUCAAAGAAACCAAGAUACCCAGAACUUGUAAAUACUAUAAAGGAAAGAUUAGAAGGUGUCUUAGCAGCACAAGAGUUUGUGUUGUGCAAUUACAAUGCUCCAAAAUCAAUCAUGAAUGAGUGUUUGAAAAUUACACCUGGAAAAAGAGCUGCCACUGUGUCUACGUUGGACAAGCACUCGCCAGAAGAGGAGGAUUGGGUUGCUAUAUCAUCCAUGGUUUCCAAAAAGAAGAUUGGUAAUGUCAUGGACGACUUGAAGAAAGCUGGUGCUAGUGACAUUUUAGUUUUGGAUAUCUCAAACUGUAGAGUUUAG